GGCACCCGGAUCAACUGUUCCGCAACCCGACUCGGCCACCCCGCCCCGCUCCUGCCCCAGGUCUUAUAAGCCUGUCCUGCUUCGAGCCUCCAAACUGCCCGCUGCCAGCCCCGGCCAGGCGCCCCCUGCAGCAUGAUCUGGAACACUAAUCUCCGCUGGCGGCUGCCGGUCGUCUGCCUGCUCCUGGAGGUGGUCAUGAUAGCCCUCUUCGGCGUGUUCGUGCGCUACGACAUGGAUGCCGAUCCCCACUGGGUGGAGGAGAAGGCGAUCAAGAACUUGACCACUGACUUGGAAAACGAAUUCUACUAUCGCUACCCGAGCUUCCAGGACGUGCACGUGAUGAUCUUCGUGGGCUUCGGGUUCCUCAUGACCUUCCUGCAGCGCUACGGCUACAGCUCCGUGGGCUUCAACUUUCUGCUGGCGGCCUUCGGCAUCCAGUGGGCGCUGCUCAUGCAGGGCUGGCUUCAUUCCUUCGACGGAAGCUACAUUCUGGUGAACGUGGAGAACCUCAUCAAUGCGGACUUCUGCGUGGGCUCUGUCUGUGUGGCCUUUGGGGCAGUUCUGGGCAAAGUCAGCCCUGUCCAGCUCCUCAUCAUGACUCUCUUGCAAGUGACCCUCUUCUCAGUGAAUGAGUACAUUCUUCUCAACCUGUUAGAGGUGAGCAGAGCUCAGAACAGGGAUGGCGGUGGAAGGGGCACUUGGGGGGACAGGAAGGUGACAGAGAAAGAAAGGACUGGGGAGACAAGCCAGCUGGAUUCAAUUCAAGUUUGACCAGUCACUUAAUCUUCUGAGUCUCAGUUUCCCCAGCUGUAAAGCAGGAGAAAUGACAUAUAUU